ACCUUUCCUGUCGGGCAAGUAGGUGCCGAGCAGUGCCGCGCCCGGAAGCUGGCCGCCACUGCGGGGAGGUUGGGCCUAGGCGGCAGGCGGGCGGGCUGGGGCACUGGUGCCCGGCCUGCUCUUCCGGAGCUGCAGCCCCUCAAUUUGGUUGAGGCGGUGGCGGCCGCCGUGAGGCCUGCGGAGCUCCGACCCAGGGGAUUUCUAUAAUUGGCCUGAUGAAUCCUUUGAUGAAAUGGACAGUACACUAGCUGUUCAACAGUAUAUUCAACAGAACAUAAGAGCAGAUUGCUCCAAUAUUGACAAAAUUCUUGAACCACCUGAAGGCCAAGAUGAAGGUGUGUGGAAGUAUGAACAUUUAAGGCAGUUCUGCCUUGAGCUAAAUGGACUUGCUGUCAAACUUCAGACUGAAUGCCAUCCAGAUACUUGCACACAAAUGACAGCAACUGAACAAUGGAUUUUUCUUUGUGCAGCUCAUAAAACUCCAAAAGAGUGUCCUGCUAUAGACUAUACUAGACACACACUUGAUGGUGCUGCAUGUCUUCUGAAUAGCAAUAAAUAUUUUCCCAGCAGAGUUAGCAUAAAGGAAUCAUCUGUAGCGAAACUAGGAUCAGUAUGCCGUAGGAUUUACAGAAUAUUUUCACAUGCUUAUUUUCAUCAUCGGCAGAUAUUUGAUGAAUAUGAAAAUGAAACAUUUUUGUGUCAUCGGUUUACUAAAUUUGUGAUGAAAUACAAUUUGAUGUCCAAGGAUAACCUGAUUGUACCAAUUUUAGAAGAGGAAGUACAGAAUUCAGUUUCUGGGGAAAGUGAAGCAUGAAGGGAAUCAUAUGGAAAAAUGUACUGAUCAUAUAAUUAACGUUAAUUAUGUACUGUAUAUAUCAUUUUAGACACAUCAAUCAUGUAUCCAUAUUAUAGCUUCUUUGUUUAGUAUAGGUUUUUGUAUGCUGGGUUUGCCUUUUAAAAUGGGAAAUACUUUUUAAGUUAUUCAUAAGCUGUAUAUUCACCAGUGUGGCACUCAUGGUUUUUAAAUAAGAUUAGUAUUAUCUGUUUAUAAUGCCUGUUAAUAAAAGAAUUUACAGUUUGGUAAAAUUGCUGCUAAACAAUCAUUGGAUCACAAUCCUCAUCAAACAAACCCAUCUGUAAAAAAAAUGAUUGAGAGCUUGAGGUUUCACACAAGCCAUUUACUGAAGAGGUAGAAAUGUUUUCCAUUGGUUUUACCUUGAGUUUAGAUAUCCUAAAAAAUUCUAUAGUACAUAGUUUUGUCUUACCUGUUAACUUUCCCCAAUUGAGAUAAAAGUGUUUUAAAAUUCUGUUUCUAGUUUUUGAUACGCAUAUAUAAUUAUGUGUAUAUCUAAAUACAAAUGCAGAUGAAGCAUUAGUAAUACUUAAAUAAUUUUACUGUGUAACAUAAAGUAUAACAUACUUGGAAAGGAUUUACCUUUCUGCAACAAUGGACUGGUACAUACAGGAUGAUCAUAAUGAUAAGGCACAUAAAUUAUGUUCUCACUGGAAACCUGCCCUGUCCACCCCUUCUCAUUUCCCUUAACCUUAUCCUCAAAAUACUUUAACUGAGAAGCUUUUCACCAGACUGAGUUAGUGGUGGCUUAUACCUAUUUAUAUUUGUAUUAAUUGCUUACAGAUUAUACCUCAUAUUAGCAAUUACAUUACACUACAAGAAAAUGUAUUUGCAUAGGCUCUUGCUUAUCUUUCUUUUGCAAAAAUUAUUCUACUUAGAAAACAGUCCUUAAAAUAGUUUGACUCUUCCUGUUAGUAAUAUUAAUCUUUCAUUUAACCAGCUAGGCAGCAUUAAAUAGAAUUGAAGAAAUACUGUAGUAUUUAUUUUACACCCCCUCUCCCAUGAAGUUUAUGUUUGAAUUACAUGCACGUGUGAGAUUAUUUGCAAUAAUUCAUAGGUUCCAAGGGUAUUGAUGAAUAGUCAUACAGUUUUUGGACUUUGUUAUAAUUCAUUGUGAUAAGAAUAAUUCAAAUGCAGAUUUAACAAUCUUAUAAUCUAUUGAAUGCCAUUUUUGAUAAAGCACUGGAGGUCGUAUUGCCAAACUGAUUGUAAUGAGGCACUAAGGGUGAAAACAUUGUACAUGUUGUGAAGAAAGUAUUUAAAUCCAACUUUUGAACAGAUUUAACAAACAUGAGGAACUUCUUUUUUAUUUAAAAGGGUAAUUUUGAAAUGAAGAUGAAAAGGUAUUCAUCUUAAUUGUUUUUUCAAAUUUAAGGGAAUAAUUUAUACCAUCUUUUGAGACAAGAAUGUACAGCAAAAAUAUGGGGAACAGUAGUAUACUGAGAGUGUGUGUAUAUAUCAUGUAUGCCUUUCCAAGCUUGCCAGUCUUUUUGGCUUUUAACAGUUCCCACCAGCCACAGUCAUUACUGUUCCCCAACCCACAACCAGCUUUUAAGAAGUCUUACGUUCACAGUGAAAGGAAUGUUGACUUUGAAAUUAUGGAUUUAUAUUAAUGACACUAUAAACCAAUGGUAAUGGUAAUUUUUAAACAAACUUGCUAAAUAUUGAGAGACUAAACUACUAAGUUAAUAAAUUAUAUAUAGCAGUGUAGCUGUUCUCUCUAGAUGGUGUCUCACAAUGGAUUUCUGUUGCUUGACUAUUUUCCUAGUGAAUAUUUAUACUAAGGUAGUGACUGAGAUUUGGUGAUCUGGCUGAGUAUUUUGAAACACAUUUUGAAUAAUAUGGCUUAGUGUUAACGGGGAAUUAAAUAUGAUUUUUUUCUUACUCAUUUCACCUUCCCUGUAUUGUAUGUUUGGAAUUGAUCAUAAAACAGCUCCAAAAGAAAAUAAUCAGUUUGUAGUCUUGCUUUUGUAUUCAUGUUGAUAUCUUACUAGUAUUCAUUGCACUGUGAAGUUGAUUCACUGUACUAGGUAAGACCUAAGUGAAACAGUUCCUGUUUUUCCUUAAUACUGUUUUCAGAAUUUUGAAAAGGUACUUAUAUAUACAUAAAUACUACUAAAAAAUUAAUGAGCCUGGCAAACCAAUGAUUUAUAAAAGUAAGUGUUCUAAGAAGAGGGGAAAAGGACAGUUCUGUGUGAUAAGGAAGUUAGGUUCCACUUUUUGUUUGAAUUAUCCUAUGUAUAUCCAAAGGUAAACUUAGGUUUUUAUUUCCAAAAGAUCAUAUAGUCAAUUCAUUCUUUUUUUUCUAUCAUAUCUAGGAAAGUAGCUAACUUUUAAUUACGUUCCCAUAAGUAACACUUCUUUUGUGUAUAUACAUUUCCUUUUCUCUUACUUGAGAUGUCAAAUUUGAAUUUCUAGAACAGUUUCUUAGUUAAAUUCUUGAUGACUUAACAACUUUUACUAUCAGAAUACAAUUAGAAAUCCUUGGUCAGGCACAGUGGCUCAGGCCUGUAAUCUCAGCACUUUGGGAGGCCAAGGUGGGCAGAUCACCUGAAGUCAGGAGUUGGAGACCAGCCUGACCAACAUGGAGAAACCCUGUCUCUAUUAAAAAUAGAAAAAUUAGCCAGGCGCGGUGCUACUCGGAAGGCUGAGGCAGGAGAAUCGCUUGAACCGGUGAGGUAGGGGUUGCGGUGAGCCAAGAUCGCGUCAUUGCACUGCAGCCUGGGUAACAAGCAAAACUCUGUCUCAAAAAGAAAAAAAAAAUCCUUGAUUACAUUGUUAGUAAGGACUGUGUUACGAUUAUAAAUACAUUUACUGGUUGAUGUCAAAUUCACUGUAAUCAUAGAACUUAGUUUUUUAUUUGGGUACUUUGCCCUACUGUCUAUAUGAUGACAUCUUUUUGAGCAGCUAAAUUUUAAAUUGUAUAUACUUUAUUUUGUGAAUACUUCUUGAAUGUGCUAAAGAUUUUUGUGUGUAGUUCUUCCAUGCCAUGCAAAUAUUUUAGUAAAAGUAGUGGAUUUUU